AUGUUGUGCCUUUAUUGGUGGUCACAUAUCCCUCCUCCGAGGCCUUUUAUACUGGAUUGCUCACUUGCUUGCUUUCUCCUUAAAUUUGCGACUGGUGGAUUGGAAACAUCUGCGUUCGCGUUAUCUCCAGGGGUAGGAGCUGCAAAUGCUCUAGUUUUUGAGAUUGUGAUUACUUCUGGUCUGGUUUACGCAGUGUAUGCCAUUGCAGCAACAAAUUCAUUAUUUGAUUCUUUAAUCCAGGAAAAAAUUGCAAAGAAAAAUUUCAGAAUGAGUGUCAGUGCCACACAGAAAGUUUAA